UUCCUCCAACAUGGCGGCAGAAGAUAUCGAACAGCCACAGGUCCCAGCAAUGAAUGACCCGUGGGCACCCCAGUCCCCGUCUAAUGUGACUGUAUUGCCCUGUCCCACGGACCCUUUACAUCAACUUAUCAGUUCUGACCGCUAUAUCGAAUCCUUAGAAAAAAAACUGAACAGGCUGAAGGGACGUUCACGUCGUGAACCUUCAUCCCAUGAUAUUGUCCAAUCCCUGUCAAAAUUGCGGAAUGAUCAAAUGGAACGUUUCCUGAAGGAGGAGUCAAGUCAGACACAAGCUGUCAACUUAUCCAGUGGAGGAGAAGCAACAUCAUCAUCAUCAUACAUCCAGCGUCGUCUCUACCCCGAGAAACAGGCUGUCACUGGAGAUGAACUGGUUGUAUUGUUGCAGGAUGAUGCCUUAGCAAUCAGAAUUGCAGAGGAGCAGGAACUUGAGGAACUGGCAGCAGGGAACGGUGCCGCUGCUGCCAUGGUAAUAUUGAAGACUGGGUCAAAGACUAAAGAAGAAAUAGUCUCAGAACCUGUUCCCAUGAAAACUGAUGUUGCAGAUGCAGAGACAUUGAGCAUUUCAAGAAAAGAAGAUUGUUCAGGAGCUUCUUAUGUAGACAGUGAACAAGAUAAUAGUGAGCACAAGACGUAAGGCUGGAAAGAAGACAGGCAUCAUCUUAACGUAUGUCGGUAUGUGGAGAUUUUCAAUGAUGAGUUUGAUGCAAAGAUGUGACAUGACGUUGUCAUGACUUCUUUGAGAAAGUACAAAUGAACAGUUGGAUCACUGAUCAUUAUUCGGUAGAAGGGAUUUCCCGGAACAAGAGGGAAGAAACAAUCUAAAAAACAUUGUUGCUGUAUUUGGUGAUUUUAGAAUCUCAUAGGUCAAACAGGUAGAGUACAUAUAUGUGACAGGUAUACCAUGAUUAUAUUGUUUUGUUUACAUUAUGCAGUGUCCAUUCUAGGCUAAACAGACACUGGUUGCCCAGUCGUAUGAAGAGUUGUGUCCCUUAGCUGAGCAGACAUUCCAUAGAUGGAAGAUAAAAUGGGAGAUAUUUUUGCCAGCCCCAUGCCUGUUCUUGUAGGUUUCUUUAGGUGACAAACAUCUAUCAACACUUUCAAUCUAGACUGAAAUAAUAAGUGUUAAAAAGGUAACAUUCAAAUGUUAACAGGGGAUGUUAAUAUUGAAAUCUUAAAGGGGGUUUUCCAUGGUAAUCUUGAAAUCUUAAACAGGGUGCCCAUGUUAACAUUGAAAUCUUAAAAGGAGUAUUUAUGUUAACAUGUUAAAGCUCG